CAGACUUCUCCCUUUUAACAACACAACACCAGUCUACACUUUUUCCUCUGUAGGUUAUAGUCCUCAUUACUGAUCAUGUCAAACCGUGGGCUUGUUCAAAACAUCCGCAACCCUCCUCAACCCCCAGCACCGGUACUAGGAUCUUCAAAGCUGUUUGUUUGUGUCAUGCCCAUUGCUCAGAUUGUGAUUGGUGCACUACACCUGAAUGACUGUCCGCGGCAGCCCUACAUCCCCAUCUAUUUGAUAGUGGCGGGAGCUUUUGGCCUGGUGCUGGCGCUGCUCUCCUGCCUGCCCUGCGCCCAGGAGCACAAAGACGGCACCGCCAACCCACUCAGUCAAGUCUGCAUGGCCUGGAACUCGUUGACAUCUUGCUUCCUCUUCUGCUGGUUUAUUGCUGGUAAUGUGUGGAUCUACUCGAUUUAUCAGCCCAACUACAACAAAAAUACAACAAAUGUGGACCCCUACUGCGAUAAGACCGUCUACCUGUUUGCCUUCUGGACCACCACUUUGGUCUACAUCCUGUUGGGCCUGUUUAUGGUGGGCGGCUGCUGUUUCCUCCUCUGCUGCUUCAUAUGUGGCAAAGAUGACUCCAACGCUGACAACAAUGUCUAGGGACAAACGAAUGAGGAGACAAGGUGCAUCUCAUUGGGGAUGCACACACCGAGUUACUGCUGUAGCGUUCUGUUGCAUAUGUAACUUUAACAUCUGAGAAAUGCUCUAAAAGCUAUGGGGACAAACAGCAGCACAGGUCAUAAAUACUGCGCUAAAACGAAGUUUGACCUAUGGUUGACCUUUUUAUGUUUUAGCCUCAAGAGUAUGGGAAUAACAUUAGAGGGAACUUUCUUCAUUAAAUUUACUCUCAUUAAGUCUCAAGUUAAUGUUAAUAGCACUAGACUAAUAUGCCUUUUUUUAACACUUAUCAUGUCUCGUAGUAGCACUUGUAGUUGCACCGCCUUAAUUUUGUCUGCCCCAGUUGAUACACACUUCGCUCCUGAGAUGCUGCAGAUUUUAACACUGAAUAUAAAUAAUGUCUGUAAGUUGGACAUUCUCAAUGCUGUGCCUUUUCUACCUCAGCAGUAGCUGCAUUACCUUCUGUUUGUGGGGAUCUUCUUGAACCUUCACUGCCUUUCUAAAAGAUAUAUGACAUGUAAUGUUUACAAUGUUGAGCCAAGAAUAAGGCUUGAUGCAGAGUAAAUGAUAAAAUGUCUGAAUUCA